CAACACCUUGACCAAAGAGAGAGACCAGCUACAGACCAGUUCUAACACCCUGACCAAAGAGAGAGACCAGCUACAGACCAGUUACAACACCUUGACCAAAGAGAGAGACCAGUUACAGACCAACUACAACACCAUGACCAAAGAGAGAGACCAGCUACAGACCAGAUACAACACCCUGACUGCAGAAAGAGACCAGUUACAGACCAACUACAACACCAUGAAGAAAGAGAGAGACCAGCUACAGACCAGUAACAACACCCUGACUGCAGAAAGAGACCAGCUGCAGACCAGUUACAACACCCUGAUCAAAGAGAGAGAGCAGCUACAGACCAGCUACAACACCUUGACCAAAGAGAGAGACCAGCUACAGACCAGUAACAACACCCUGAUCAAAGAGAGAUACCAGCUACAGACCAGUAACAACACCCUGACUGCAGAAAGAGACCAGCUACAGACCAGCAACAACACCCUGACCAAAGAGAGAGACCAGCUACAAAAAGACACAGAAUGUCUGAAACAAUCUUUAGUUCAGAAAGUGUGUCCUCAAGGAUGGAAGAAGCUUGGUAGCAGUUGUUACUACGUCUCUACUGAGUACAAAUCCUGGGAGGAGAGCAGACAGGACUGCAGAAAUAGAGAAGCAGACCUGGUGGUUAUCAAAAGCGAAGACGAUCAGACAUUUGUCAAUUGGUUAUGCGGGGUAAAGGACUAUGUCUGGAUUGGUCUGACUGACUCUGUUUCUGAGGGGACCUGGAAAUGGGUGGACGACACACCACUGACCACAAAGUAUUGGAAAAGUGGAGAUCCUAAUGGUGGAAGAGCUGAGAACUGUGUGUAUUUCUACUCCUGGUCAUCAGACACCGGAGCAUGGUGGGACUAUGACUGUUCCUAUAAAUACAGAUGGAUCUGUGAGAAGUAGGAUUCUCCUUGGUCGUCUCUCUGUACUGCUAACUAUUAUACUCCUUGGUCGUCUCUCUUCGCGGCAAAGAGGGGACAACUCGCUGGCACCAAGGUUUUCUGGAAGUGUACAUUCCUCAGUUAUUAGCUUUUUACCUGAAUGUUGCAUAAAAUGAAUGAUUAAGUAUGACUACUUUUGAAAAGAUAUAAAUGUGACUUGAGUCUUCUAAAUGAGAUAAUGUUUUUUCAUGUAAAGUUUAUCCAGUCAGUACCCACACCCACGUGAGCACAGACAUUACGACAGAACGUCAUGGAACACCCCUUUUCACAGAGUUAAUAAAAGGACUUGGGACAAAAUGAAUAUUAGAUCGGAGAACGUGAGGAUCAUCCGCACGUUGAAAUGGCUACCACUCUAGAGACCAGAGAGCAUGGAGCAGUAGCUACAUGUUGAAAUGGUUGGCAAUUUAAAUACAGACCAGUUACGUGCAGCGCCAGCUGAAUACGAAACAAAUGGUUAAGAAGAAAAUCUCGACAAGACUACACAUUUAGUCGGCAGCUGUAUAUGUACAAUAGUCUAGGAAACUCGACCGAAGACGAGAGGAGAACAUUUCCCUAUUGAACAACCAUUGGUACGCCUGACAAAUCCAUUAUAACAAACUACAACUACAAAAGACUUUGAUCUCUGGUGGAAAAACCAGAGACUUUCUGUCGACUGACUCUCCAGCAGACGGACAGGCCACAAAGGUCUACACUCGUAAAUAUGUAACUUGCAAUUUAUUUUCGAAUGAGCGGCCGUUUAUGUGCAAAGGGUUAGCAUUUCCAUGAGCCUAGAUAACAGAUGUGUGUACGAUAGUGGAGUCCUUCGUCUGUUCUCCUGCACUUUCUUACCUGCCCCUCCCAUUCUAUUGUCUACCAAGCUGUCAUAUCGAUUUAGUCCACUAGGGACAUUUCAUGGCUUUGUGUUAGUAACCAAUGAAUAAUCUAUCCUGUGUGUUUUUAUGUAAUUCUGUGUGAUUAUUUAGUUAGUUAGUAAAUAAAUAAUUAAGACAAUUUGUAAAUCCCUGAUUCAUCAUUUAUGCUAGGCUUCGUACAGAUAUCCAAGUGUUUGAGACAUUCAGAAUAUGAGUGAUGAGGUAAUAAUUCAUUAAGUUGAGACUGUAAUCGAUAAGAUAUGAAAAUAUCUGAAGAGAGUUAAAAUUUGGAAAAAAUGUAACUCUUUAAACAACAUUUUCACGUGGUUCCCCGACUUCCUAGUUAAUUACUGUUUACAUGAUUAUUUAAUUGUGCAGUUAUUACACAGAGAAUUGAUUUGAUAACAUAAGUGUUCCCAUUAAUGAUCGUCCACAGACAUGAACGAUAGAUAGUCAGCCAACGUUAUGACAACUCCAUGUUAGAUCAACUAUUAUCCAGUAGAGAACAGUCCUUCUAGACUCCAUGUUAGAUCAGCUAUUAUAUAAUAGAGAGAACAGUUCAUUGUAUUGUUAUUGUAUAUGUUUUGUUUUAUUGUUAUUAUCUGUAUUAAAUACUUGUUAUAUCAUGUAUUUGACAAGGUAAACUGAAUAAGCAGGAAGUAGUUUGUGAUUGAUUAAAGCUAAAGGAGCAACCAAA